UCUUCGGAAAAUGUCGCCGGGGAUCGGAAAGUACAAUCAAAUCAGGCACAUUGUGAGAAUCCGGCAGAUGCUCCGGCGGUGGCGCAAGAAGGCUGCAGCGGCGGCGGCGGGAUCAACGAGAUCCGAUGUGCCGGCGGGACACGUGGCGAUCUGCGUGGGGAGGAGUAACAAGAGGUUUGUGGUGCGCGCGACGUACCUGAACCAUCCUACCUUCAAGAACCUCUUGGUUCAAGCCGAGGAAGAGUACGGGUUUACCAACCAAGGACCCUUGGUUCUACCUUGCGAUGAGUCGGUCUUCGAAGAGAUCCUCCGAGUCGUGUCCCUGUCUGACUCGGCCAACUCGGGUCGGUUUGUUAAUCUCGACGAUUUCCAGCGAUGUUGCGACGUGGGUCGUAGGAGUAAUCUUGAUGGUUUGGGUGAAUCUGGACCGUUGCCUCACGGGUUGGGUGAUGAAUCAGUUUGUUGAGGAUGACCCGACUCGGUAUAUGGGCGAGUUACUUUUUUUCUUUUUUCUUUUCUUUUUUCCUCCACCUGGUUGGUAGUGAUUUUUAGCUCUGGCGGAGAUGGCAAAGAAGGGGUUGCAAGUUGACCGAGUCAUCCCGAGAUUGAGUUGGAGCGAGUCGGCAAGUGGGUUAUUAGGUUUUUUAAAUGGGUAUGUCUUGUAAAUUUCUUUAUUUUUAUUCACUAUAUUUUUAGUAGUUGAAAUUGCACAUGCUUGCAAACAAUUUUAGUGAACUUGCUUUUCGUAAAUUUUAAAGAGAGAUUUAUGGG